CAGGUCCAAGCGCGACGCCUUCUCGGCGCCCUGCACCACGUACGAGGGCUCCCAGGAGGACAUGAAGCGGCUGCAGGAGCUGACCUGCGGCGUCGCGGGUGGCUUCGGGCGUGCCAUGUUCAUCAAGGAGUGCCGGAGCCAGGCGACGCUGCAGAAGAAGUACCGCAUGGAGGAGGAGCUGGGGCGGGGCGCCACGGCCAUCGUGUACCGUGCCGUGACGGAGAGGACCGGGCAGGAUGUGGCGGUGAAGGUGAUCAACAAGGAGCACGUGGCGAAUGCUCAGAUGCUUACGAAUGAGAUUGCCAUCCACAAAGCCACGGACCACCCGAACGUGCUGCGCUUGCUCGAGACCUUCGAGGACGACUGCAGGCUCUACCUGGUGAGCGAGCUGUGUGAGGGAGGUGACCUCUGGAAGUUCUUGGCGGCAUACUCAGACGAGUUCUCAAGUGGCCUUCCCGAGGAGGACGCGCUUGUGGUAUUCCAGCAGGUCGUGAACGUGGUCGUCUACCUUCACUCGCGGGGCAUCGUGCACAGGGACCUGAAGCCCGGCAACUUCCUCAUACCAUCCGCAUCCAGCGGUCUCGACGGCUUCAAGAGGGACGGCCGAGCGAUGAUCGUCAAGCUCACCGACUUCGGGGUCUCUGCCUACGGAGGUGCCGAGAACUGCAGCGGCAAGCACAAGCUCACACGCCGCGUGGGCACCGAGGGCUUCAUGGCCCCGGAGAUCCUCAAGUGCCAGCCCUACAACGAGAAGGCCGACGUGUUCUCCAUGGGCUGCAUCCUGCACAUGCUGCUCACCGGCCACCCCCCCAAGCAGAAGGAGGAUGGGACGUACGUCUUCAGCAAGAUCCGGCUGCGCUUCAUGUCCGAGGGCGUGCGGGAACUCUUGCACCUCAUGACGGCGACGAGGCCAGAGGACAGACCCUCCGCCCGCGAGGUCUUCCAGAUGCCCGUCCUGCAGAGCAUGCGCACCGGGCGGAUGGCCACCUCCGCCCGCCUGGACUCCACGCUGCUGGACCGGAUGUACGCCUACAGCUCCUUCCCGCUGCUGAAGAAGGCGGCCAUCGUCGCCAUGGUGACCCGCACGGAGAACCUGGACGACCGCGACUUCAGCCCCGUCAUCCAGAAGUUCAUGUCCCUGCUUCAGCACGAGGCCACUGGCAUCGUCGUCGAUGACGUGUACGACGCCCUCUGCACCGAGCUUCUGGGGAACAUGCGGGACAUGGUGCGCGAUACGCUGAGGCGGCAGGCCGCGUCUGGCGCCGGCAUGGCAGGGCCGUCGUGCAGAGCGGCGCCUCUAAGCAGGAGACGCCGAGCACGUACCAAAGAGGCUCGUGCAGGCGCGCAGCUCGCUGCCGAUGGCGGGUGCUGCCCGCUGACUGCGCGGUUCUGCUCCGAGCUGAGGGCGGACGUGAAGGAUUUGUUGGAGAAGAUCGACGUGUCGGGCUCGGGCUGCAUUUCUUACUCCGAGUGGCUUGCGGCCACGAUCGAUCCGGCGUGGUACACCGACGGCGAGCGGAUUCGCUCCGCAUUCAGGCUCUUCGACACAGAUGGUGACGGCCUCCUCAACGCGGAGGAUCUCAAGAGGAUCAUCCCCGACGUGUUCGAAAAGCUCGCCGCCGAGGAGGUCCUGGAGGAGUCGCAGCUGUCGGCCAAGCAGAAGUCUUGGAUCAGCCCAGAGCACUGGCAGCUCCUCCUCCAGACGGACACCCCUUCGAAAUUCAGGCUCAAGCGAAUCGCCAAGGGUCUCGAGGACCCUUUGGUCGGCACAGCGUCGUCCCUCGACGUUCCAGACUCCUUACCGCCUCCCUCGUUCUAGUGAGGAAGCGCGAGAUCGAAGUGCGCUUGUAAGGCGCGUGCAGCAUUUAAUGUUAGAUGUCCCCAUUGACAAUUUUUGUGUGACUCUAUGAGAUAGUUGUCUUGCAGUCUGCCGCAGUAGUGGGACAGGCAUUGCAGGAUCGCCAUCCUGUCUUUCAUCUAGCGAUUUGUCUUUCUUUCAGUACGCUGCGUCAUCGUGCAAUGCGUGCCCCGGUCGCGCAACGUUUGAACACACGCUCCGCCUGGACGUUUUCCCCUCCCCCCCCUUCCCCCACCCUCUCCCAGUGGAUACCACGCGAGGAUGUGCGAUAGCCCGCGUGCUCUGCAACGAGUGGCCCGCUGCUCUCGUCGUCAGCGUCACGUCGCAGCGGGACGUAGCAAUCAAAA